GAAAGGUCAGCACCUUUUAGAGUAAACAGCCGCUCGCAGGACUCGGCCGAGGGCCACUUGGGGCAAGCGGAAUCCCGAACGAUUUGGAGUCCUCUUAAGGACAUGAUGUGAGAAUUGAGGAAGAGAGACAUGUCCCGCCUCAUCUAGCGCAAUUCUCGAUGCCUCCCCGGCGACGUAGUUGAAACUCCACCAAAGCAGUUUCGAAGCAGCUCUCGGGCAAAAGACAUCGAUGUCCUUUCCGCACCACCAAACCCUCGGCGGCCCCGCGGGUCCUGCACAAAACGUACCCAUGAACUUCAACGCCAUGUUGCAGCGGUCUGCUCAGGAACAAGGAUAUCCAGUGCCACAGUCUCAAGGCCUUCCCGGCGCCAUUCAGAAUGCGCAAGCACCAGGCUUCGGCCCACUCCAAGGACCGGGCUCUGCACCGUUCGCUCCCAAUACGCUUGGAAGGCCUCCCCCUCCGUCGACUGUACUACCCGGCGAUCUUCCCCCUCAAGCCUUCCUGACCUCUUCGAUGCUCCUGGAUAUGGUGGACAAGAAAGUGGACGUGCUACUGCGCGAUGAGAAGGAGUAUAUUGGUAUCCUGCGUUCAUACGAUCAGUUCGCGAAUCUGGUGCUCACCGAGUGCUUCGAACGGAUCGCUGCUCGAAACCCCGACGCUGAAGCUGACCCCACUGUCCCAAAAUGGCUUGCGUGCGACGUUGAAUGUCCUGGCGUCAUGACAAUACGCGGCGAGAACGUGACGAUAUGCGCCACGGUAGACCUUGACCGGGAGGACGAUCCUGUAGGCCUCAGAUUUGUUCCUGCGGAAGUUGUACGAGCUCUCGUGGCUGAGCAGAAGGCGAAAAAGGCAUUGUCAGAUGCGCGGAUAGCGAAGGCGUUGAAACGGGCUGGGAUGGAGCCGAACCAAGGGAUGCAGGGGUGAACAGACGCCUUGUUCCGUCCCCAGCCCACCAUGUUUGCAUAGUUACCGCCAGAAAAGAUAGAUGGGGGGUUUCCAUCUACGUGGUGGAGACGUACGAGGCAGGACAAGCGUGCCUCCACUAUACCAGGACAGUUCAGGGCGCAUUUGGACAGAAGUGAUUACACAUUAAGUGUCAUAAGAGAGUCGACCUGAACGGAGGAGAGG